AUGGCGGUCGGUCCGGAUAGAGUCCCUGUGAUCCCAGAUGGAAUCGAAAUAACCAUCUUUAAGCAUUACUUUCUUUUUCAGAAUUACAGCGAUUUCUGGAGAUGGCCGUUCUGGACAACUAGACGCCAACCUUUUGUGCGGGAUUAUCGCAAUGCGGUCGAAAGGAGAAAAGCAGAUCUAGUCGCUGCAACUCAAAAUAUCAAUGAUGAUGCUGUUAGCAUAAUUGUGAACAGAGAUAUGCUGGGUUUGAGAGGUGCCUUACAAAAUGGUCAGUUAACAGCACGAGAUGUUGUUUCUGCAUAUGUUAAAAGAGCCAUCCAAGUUGACGAGAAACUGAAUUGUAUCACCGAAUUUAUUCGUAAUCCAAUCGAAAGAGCUGCUGCAUUGGAUGAAGAGGUGCAAGCCGGAAGGAUGCGAAGGGGACCAUUAUUUGGAAUUCCUUUUUCGAUCAAGAGUAAUUUCCAUGUAGAAGGCUACUACACAACAAACGGAUUGGCAAGUACGCUUAGAGAGGCUCCUCAACCGGAAACCUGCGCACUCGUCCAGUUUCUCAUAAAUCAAGGAGCUAUCCCAAUUUGUCUCACAAACGUUCCCCAAGGAUUGUUGGCGUACGUAACUUCAAACCCUUUACAUGGAACUACCAAAAACCCUUGGAAGCUAACUCAUACACCAGGAGGAUCUUCUGGCGGAGAGGCUGCUCUCAUUGCUGCUGGCGGUGCUGUGUUUGGAGUCGGAAAUGAUCUGGUUGGAAGUCUUCGAAUCCCUGCUGCAUUUUGCGGUCUUACUACUUUGAAACCAAGUCAGAAUAGGCUUCCUGAAAGAGGAAUGAAUGCUGGACCUCCUGAAGUCGGACAACUAGGAUUGAGUUCUUUUUUCACUAGAACAGUAGAGGAGCAGAAUUUUCUUCUACGUCUUGUCUUCGGAAACGUGUACGGACCACUGGACGAACAUCGACUUCGCAAUGUUCCUGGACUCCAGCAAUAUGAUGUUCAGCCGAUUGGUAUUCAGCCGAAUGUUAUUCAGCAAAACGAUAUUCAGCAAAAUGAUAUUCAACGGGAAGAAGAUCAUCGUCGAAACGGACAACUACCAGUGAUACUUUACAUGUACAAUGAUGAAUUCAGUCCUGUGGUUCCAUCGAAUGAAAGCGCUGUUCGCACAGUCAUUGAAGAGCUCACAAUACGUCAUGAAGCAGAGUUCGAGUUUCGAAAGUUUUGUUUGAGCGAUUUGGCGCCAGGUGAAGAAAACAACGGGGAAGAUUAUUCGUUCAAAAUCGCUGAAACUCUAUUCAAGAACGUAAUGCCCGACAAUGGAAAUGGAAUGUCUGCAUUGUACUGCAAUGAACCUUGGGACAAGUUCAUGUGGCUCUUUAUUUUCCUGCUCAAGAUGAAAAGCUUGGGAUGGUGGGUGAAUUAUAUCACUUCGUCUACAUUGGGUCAAAGAUUUCUCAAAUGGAUUUCCCCACGAUUCGCAUGUCUUGCUCGUUCAACGAUUAGGCCGAAUGAUGAUGUUGCAUCGGAAGCUCACGAACUUGAGACGGAAGAUAUCAGAAACAGAUGGACCAGACACUGGCAUGAUAACAACGUAUUCGCCCUGGUUUGUCCGUCGUUCAUAACUCCUGCACAGCCUCCCAAUUAUCCAGCGAAGCUUGCCACAGGCACAUUCAUGACUGGUCUUUUCAAUUUAUUUGAUGUACCGGCUGGAAUCGUCCCUGUUGGUCGAGUCAGCCAGCAAGAUGAGGUGGCCUUGAACGAACGAUUCGAAACACGAUCUGACAAGCUGCUCAAAUGGCAAAAAGAGGCUGCUCAAAACACAAGGGGACUUCCAAAUGCUGUGCAGGUAGUCGCUGGUAUGGGUCGAGAAGAAGAUUGUCUCCGCGUAAUGAGAAUGAUCGAAGAUGUCUCAGAAGGUGUUCCGAGGCUCACAUGGGACCCUGCCACGAGAACAUUCCUCAAUGCUCAAUAA